AUGGACAAAGAGACAGAAUUAUCAGAAAAAGCCUUCCAACUAUGCUCCAAAUUCCUUUGUGGCGAAUGGAAAGAGCGCAAUAACUUCAAGCUCGAAGAAUUAAACGGGGGACUCACAAACAAACUCUAUAUUUGCAGCACUACAAAUCAAGAGGGAUUAACGAAAAAAGUCGUCCUUCGAAUUUACGGCUUGAUCAUGCAGGCGUCUCGUAAUUUGAACGAUGUGAACGCGCAAAUAACCGAAUCUGUUGUAUUCGCUAUUCUUGGACAGAAGGGACUUGGACCCAAGCUCUAUGGUGCCUUUUCAGAAGGAAGACUUGAGGAGUACAUUCCCGGGCGGAAUUUGAGAACGGCGGAAUUACAAGUGCCUGAGAUUUCCACGACUGUGGCGACGCGUCUGGCGGACUACCAUCGCCUUGAAGUGCCUAUGUCUAAGGAUCCUAUCCUUUUAGAACAAUUUCAAGGAUAUUACAACCGAUGCGAGCAGCUAGGCGUCAAUAUGAAACCAUACAAAGACCCGUUUAAAUUCUGUUGCCAGCUUAUCCAAAAUACAAAAUCGCCGAUUGUUUUUUGUCAUAACGAUUGUCACGAGGGAAAUAUUCUGAUCGACCAGGAGAAGAUCAACAAGGGUUCGUCGAUGACUGAGUCCCUGCGUCUGAUCGACUUCGAGUACUCGGCCUACGGGUUCAGAGGCUUCGACUUUGCCAAUCAUUUCAACGAGUGGAUGAUGAACUACAGUAAUGAAGAAUGGCCUCACUACUUCUUCAACCAGAAUGAUUUUCCCAGCAACGACCAGCAGAGGCGUUUCAUUCAAGCGUAUCUUCAGCAGCAGGGCGAUCUAUCAGAAGAAAACAUUAACAAAAUUCAGGAGGAAGUAAUGGAGUUUGCGAUGAUUGGACAUGUUUACUGGUCACUUUGGUCGGAAAUCCAAGCGAAAGUGUCUGAUAUCAAGUUCGGAUACGUAGAAUAUGCAAAUGAUAGAAUGAAUGCUUUUAGAACGCUGCUAAAUACAAGGAAAAUCUCAAAGUCAGAAGAAACUUUGCGGGGGCCGAACGAAAUUGCUGUCCACUAA